UUUUAGUGUAAUAAAUUACAUGCAUCGUAUAUUUAAGGAAGAUGAUCGUAAAACUAAUCGAAUUGUGUGAAAAUUAGCUCCAACAUGAUUAUAAAACAACAUUCUUAAUUCAAAAUUGAAAAUGCUUACAAAUUUGAAAUAACUAAACCACUAAUUCAAAAUUUGAAGUUCAAACAAAUAUUGAACCAAUCCUACCUUAUUUGGUAAAAAAUUGAAAUGUUAAUUAUCUUGACAAUCCAAUGCCCAACUCUCCCAAACCACCCCAACAAUUUUCACACCAACCUCCGCUGCUAAGCUCGUCGAAAAUCUACCCCUAAAUCGCCUCGAAGGGCAAUCGAAACGAUUGAAAAAAGAUGGGGAAGAAAAGGAAGUCUUUAGCAACGAGCCUUGAUGAGGUCGAUCGAACCAUGUAUUCGACUUUCUGUAGCGCUGCUAAUUCCCUUUCUCAGCUUUAUACUCAGGCUAUGAACCAACAGAAACUCUCCUUCCUUUCUGGUGAACGCCACGGAAUGGAAAAACUGUAUCAAUGGAUCUUGAGGCAGCAAGAGGGCGGGUCCAGAGUAACAACAGUUGACAUAAUGAACUACCUGCAGUCUGAACUAGAUUAUAAUGGAGAGGACCAGUCGAUGUCGCCUAGGCCACCGCCUCAGUUUCAGCAUUCCCAACCAUUGCAUUUUGCAAACUCAGGCUUCCAUGUCUCUUCAGGCCCAGUUGGUGUAGCAGCUCCAGGACAUGGCUUACGAUCUGAUCAUGAUCAACAACCAAAGAAUAAUGUUUUUUCGAAUGCUCUUUCAAGCCCCGUUCGCCAAAGCCUACAGAAUUAUCACAUUGCUCAAGGGGGUCAGUUUUCGAACAAUGCUCAACCUCCCAAUGCUACAAGACACAAUGAAACUAACUCCCAACACCAAAAUAGAGAUUCUAAUAGUUAUAAUUCUGCCGAUGCAUCCAUGGAUAUGCAUUCCGAUAGUCCAGGUCAUGAUUCUACCUAUUGACGAAGUAAUGUUUGGGAGCUGCCUUAUGUCGUGCAAGGGUGGUCAAAGAUUGCAAGUUCAGGUAAGUUGAUGUAUACUGUCGUGCAGGUGUUAAAGGUGAAAAAGUAGAUUAUGAAAUUGGCUGCUUGAUGAUGAGACGAGAAGUGUCCAGACAUCAGUAUCAUUAUGCAAAUGCUCAUCGAUAAAAUGUUGUUGGAUGAGCACCAUAUCUUUUGAAUGCACUCCUGUUUUCAGACCAGCUAGUUUUUUAUUGGAUCUUUUAAGAUAUUUGUGAAUUGUUUCAUUAGUUACCAAACUAUGUGAUUGAUGUCGUGUUGGUUCCUUAUGUUUGUACUUUUCUACCCAAUUAGCAGAAUGGAAUAUUUCUUAGACCAA